AUGCCGUGGGGGAACGGCGCGUCCCCCAGCUCCCCCUCUCCGCCAGUCAUGCCGCAAGCCUCCAUGUCCCCCGCGAGCGCCGCCGCCGCCGCAGCCGCCGCGAUGGCCGCGUUUGCCGGCGCCAGCAAUAGCAAGGACGGCAGCACGGCGGCAAUGUACCCGCUGCAGGCGCUCACUGCCGCGUCGGCGCAUAUGUUCGGUGGAAUGGGCGGAUUCGGCGGAAGCUCAGGCGCGGGGUCUCCGCCCGACCGCGGGUGUAUUCACGGGGAAGGGGAGGCGUCGGGGCAGCAGCAGCAAGGGCGGAGCCCGUCCGCGGCGGCUGCGCGUUCCGCCGCCAGCGAGAGGCUCGGGCGCAGGCGCGGGGAGGAGCGGAGCAGCCGUGGAGGACCCGCGCGGAGCGGAGUGGACGACGCGCGGAAAGGGACCUUGCGGAAAAGCGCCAGCACGAAGUCCGCAGGUUCCCGGGGUCCAGCGGCAACUGCACCUGCUGGCGUUAUCGGCGGAGGCGGAGGCGGGGGGGGAGCGGUUGGCGCGAUGUCAACGACGAGUGGGCGGAGCAUGAAGAGCACGAUGAAAAGCGGGGCGCGUGCUGCGGCGAAGGGCGGAAAGGGGAAGAAGCGCAAGGAGAUGGCUGCUGUUGACGGUGCGGAAGCUCUGGCACAAGCGCAACAGGAGCAAGCGCAAGAGCGCGCGGAAGGAUCAGCGGGAGCAGCCGCGGAAGCAGCGGGAGGAGCGGGAGUGGGAGCGGGAGCAGCAGAGGAGGAGCUGUUUCGGGGAAUUGAGGUUCUUCGCGCUGCCGCCGUAGCUGCGCGGGAGGAGGAGAGGCGCGCGCGCGCCGCAGCCGAGCAUCCGGGGACUGGACUUGGCUGCGCGGCGGAUGCGGCGGCGGAGGAGGCUGCAGCGCAGGCGGAAGAGGGUGUUGACGACGCGCGGAUGGUCGCUGCGCGGGCGGACGCGGAUGAGCGAACGGGCGCGGAAGAAGGAACGGAAAUGGCGGAAAGGGGUGGUCUGGCGGAUCAGAAGGGAGAGAGCUUCGGGGAGCAGCGCGAGGCGCGGGCUCUAGGGCGCUUCCGCGCGGCUGCUGCCGCGGCUGCCGCUGCCGCCGCCGCAGGUGUUGCUGCUGGGUGUGCAAGCAGUUACCAUGGCGGGGUGGUGGCUAGAGAAGGAGGCUUGCUCCUCCCUGCUGCCGCCCCUACUCGUCGUGCUCCUGCUGUAUCCGCCCCUGCCUCGUCUCCUGCUGCUGCUGCUGCUCCCGCAGGCGCGGAGGCGGCGGGAGGCAUGCUGGCGAUGGUGCUGGGGAUGGCGGGAGGCGUGGAGGACGAGGAGGAGGAGCGGUUCCGGCGGGAGAGCAGGAAGCGGAGCAGGCGCGCGGAGGAGGGGCGGGGUCUGGGCGCGGGGGAAGCGGACGGGGAGGUCGCGGGGGAGAGCAAGAGGGGGAAGUGGGAGGGAGGGGAGGGAAGGGGGGAGAUGUGUGUGGGUGACUUGAUUGGUGCGGUGGGACAGAAGGAGUUUUGGCGGGUGCGGAAGGGCAUUGUGAGGCAGCAGCACAUAUUCUCCACUCAACUGUUCGAGCUGCACCGGCUGAACAGGGUGCAGCAGGGGCUGAUGCACGAACCACCGAACGCCAAGAAGGCUCAAGUCUCCUCGCCUCGCCAUGAUUCCUGCCUUCCCCGCUUUCACCGACGCACCGGCCGCUACUGA